CACAUGCUAAAACGACGUACACAGGGUGGAACCGCGCGAGGCUAAUAGUAGUAAUUCUUAGCUUAGCAAAGUCCUGGCUAACUCUUCGUCGGUCAUCGUCCGAAUAAAAACAGAGCCAUUAGACGUGACUUGUUGUAAUGUUAACUUCACAUAAUUACUUUUGGUUACAGUGACAAAAUAUACACGCUAGUUAGUUUUCAUCAUUAACAAACCGCGAUGGAUGCAGUGAACGCGUUCAAUAUGGAGUUGUUCUCCAUGAUUGACAUGAAGCCUCCAAUAUCCCGUGCUAAAAUGAUGUCUGUAACCAAAUCUGCCAUCAAAGCUAUCAAGCUUUACAAACAUGUUGUCCAGAUUGUUGAGAAGUUCAUCAAGAAGUGCAAGCCAGAAUUAAAAGUCCCCGGUUUAUAUGUGGUUGAUUCCAUUGUUCGACAGUCGCGCCAUCAGUUUGGUGUUGACAAAGAUGUAUUUGGACCAAGAUUCCUAAAAAAUUUCACAGAUACCUUCCAAAACCUUUACCGUUGUCCAGAGGAUGACAAGAGUAAAAUAGUACGCGUCCUCAACCUCUGGCAGAAGAACGGUGUGUUUGACAUGGACAUCAUUCAGCCUUUGAUGGAUAUGGCUAAUGGUGUCAUUGCUGCUCCUCCUGCCCUGGAAGUUCAUGCUGAUUCCAAACAAGAGACACAGCCUUCUGCAAGUAAUUCCUCAAUUGUGGCAGGUGUGCCGCAGCUACCCACUUCUGAUGCCUUAGCUGCUGUGGCACAGCUGUUUCAGUCCCCACAUGGUCAGGAGCUGCAGAAGAUGCUCCAGAACUUUCAGCAAGCAGAUAAGAUACUGACAGCCUCCACAGUUGCAAAUAACAUACAAACCCCACCUCAGAUGCCGGUGGCCCAGCUCAACCCAUAUAGUACACAAACUGACAAGAAAAGCUCUUUAGCAGAGAAACUUCUCGAUCGGUUUGACUAUGAUGAUGAACCUGAUGAUAUGCCAGUUUCAGAAAGCAACAUUCAUCCACAGGGUAUUCCUGAAAAUGUGCUAAACCAGUUUCAUGGUCCGAUGCUAAACACAGGUCAUCAUCGUGAUAUCAUUGGUCUUACUGGGGAUAUAAAGCAAAGUGAUGGAUUGAGCCAGAGUGAACAUAAUUUCUUACCAGAUGGAUAUCAGUCUACUAAUGAAGCUUACUCUUUGUCUCAGGGAAAUUCAAGAGAAGACCCAUCCAUGAGACGAGAGAGUAGACAUGGAGGUUAUGGCAGAAGAUCCAGAUCUGACUCCAGAUCUCCUAGAAGAAGAAGAUCACGAUCUUCAUCUCACUCAAGAAGAUCAAGAUAUCGACGCUCUGACUCCAGAGAGCGACGCAGGAGAUCUCGUUCUAGAUCCCUGGAUAGGAGUGAAAGAGAGAAGGACCGAGAACGUAGACAGAGGGGUCUUCCCACCAUAAAGAGCCAGUCACUUAGUGUUUGCAGUACUACACUUUGGGUAGGACAGCUAGACAAGAAAACUCAGCAGUCUGAUGUGAUGUCCCUUAUAGAAGAGUUUGGCCAGAUUGAGUCUGUCAAUAUGAUUCCUCCCAGGGGUUGUGCCUACAUUGUUAUGGUUCACAGACAAGAUGCCUAUACAGCCUUGAACAAACUCAGCAGAGGGUCUUACAAAGUCAAUCAGAAACCUGUUAAGAUUGCUUGGGCUUUGAACAAAGGUAUAAAAUCAGCACACAAAAAGUUCUGGGAUGUGGAGCAGGGAGUUACUUAUAUCCCGUGGAGCAAAGUCAAAGUUGAAGAGUUGGAGAGCUACCGAGAGGGGGGCGUGUUGGAUGCAGAGACACUAAAUCCAGAUUGGAAUGUUGUUAAGGACCUAAACAACAGGACAGCUGUAAAUGGAGCAUUGGAAAGGGUACCAGAUAGGACUGUCACUACUCUUGUUCAGGUAAUGCUGAUGCAAUUCUUAAACACUUUUUCCUUGAUACUGCAAGUGUUUUUAUUUGGUUGGUUUGAUCGUCUUGAGGAGAGAUUGUUCCACAAUCUUUCUAAUAAAGGCUGUGAAGAAAAUAAAUUGUUGUUGCCUAUGAGUGGUGGAGCCUAUCUGAAUGAACUUUCAAAAGUCAAGUCAACACAAAUUAAAAUUAAUUGCUCUUAACAUGUGUGCCGAUUCCAUAUUUAAUUACAUUUUUAAUGGCCAUAUAAGAAAGCAUACGUUACAAUUCCUCAGAUUCAAAAAAUAUUCAUCAUUCAUCAACAAAAAAUUUACACCACAGAAAUGCUGUUAUAUUGGUUACAACAUCCUCUUUGUCUUUUUUAUUCUUUUUAAAAGAAAAAGCAGCUCAGCAUGUCAUUGUCCUAUAUUCCCAUUAAAUCAAUUGCUUAGUUGGCUCAUACAAAUAAUUCAGUUACAUUUCCUUAGGAUAAUGAACUAUUUAAAAACAAACAAUAAAAAAGCUAUGUUGGUUGUCGUAUUAGGUUUUAAGUAGUUCACAAUGCCAAUUGUUAAUUUUACUAAAAUGCAUUUCAAAACUUUUCUAAAUGAGCCACAGCCUUCUAUGUAUUUGUCAGUUACAUUAGUUAAGUGCAACAGACCACAGAUGAGAUGUUGCAUUAAAAAUCUGCAUAUUUGGUGGACUGACUCACUCUGUCCUAUGCAUUAGUUUUUAAUCAUGGCCUCAUCUGUCUAUAGCUUUGGAUGUGGCAUGUCGGCCAUGUGUAACUUUGGUUUAAAAUGUAAACAAGGCAAAAUAAAGUGUAUAUUAUUUAAUUUAUUUAUUUCCAGUAUGUUAAUGUACAUUCACUGUUAUUGUUUGGAGCACUUGAGAAGCUAGUUGCCUCUCGUCUGUAAUAAAAUGAACCGUGAAAGUGGCACAAGAUGGUGGCAAUGUGGCACACGUUACUGCUACCCUGCCUGCUUUCUUAAAUAAUUCCAUGACAUUGGCUUGGGUCUUGUUGUACAGUGUGGACAUCGUUAUCUUGGAUAAUUGUCAAUGAAAUAUCUGGAUUAGUGAGUGAAGGUUGCAAUAGUUUUUAGUUUUCUUAGCCCUUUCUUAGUUGUAAUAAAUGUUUGACAUUACUUAAAGUUCCUGCGGUUUGCAAGCAAGUCCAGCCAGGUGUCCUUCAUCUUUGCCUGCCUGUAAACAUUUGAUUGCUUAUGUUUGUCAAGUUUCCAAAAUAUUUUAGCUUUUCUGUCAGAAUGCUUCCAUAUAGUGGCUGCUAAAGCAUGAUUUCUCACUCAGCCAUGUUGCACACACCAUAAUCUAUUUGGGUACUUCUGCUUUUUGAAGUUCUCCAUCUACAUUUAGAGUUUCAAUUUUUGACGGGAAUUAAUUUAGAAUCAUCUGUGUCUUCAGAAGACUCAUCUCAGAGAUUUGAUUAGUUCCUCUGUUAGUCUUAUACUAUAAUAGUUUAUUGUAGAAAAUGAAUAGAAAUAUGGUAAAAUCAUUAAUCAUAGUUACUUGAGUGACUAUCUGACCUGUUGAAAACAAAAACGUCAUUAUUUCUAGAACUGACUGCUAAUGAAGAACUAUCAAAGUUCUUAUGUUGGUUGUAAUAUGUAUAGAACUACCAAAUUUCACAUCUGGCCCAUUCUUUCACUUAAAAAAAAUCUAAUGAUGACAAUGUUCUUGGAUUAACUUACAGUUAAUGGCAAGUGUGGUUAUGUAGCCUGGAUUUGGUGGUGAAAACUGAGUGGGAUUCUUGUGCAUAUUUCUGGAAGAUGUUUGUGUUUUUAUUCCUUUUCAAGAAGACCUACCCCCACUUAACACACAUCAGAUCAAUAUAUUUGUUAUGUACAAUAAGCAAUGACAUUUGAUCUGCCUUUUGAUCAUUGUCACAAUUCAGAUAGGCUCCUCAGCUGAUAGGCCUUGAAUUCAGUAGUGUUUAUUCUUCUAUUUCUUCUUUCUUUCCUGCAAACUAUUUGCAUCUCCACUCAGUUACCUUGUACUGUCAUUUAAUUUAUACAAAUAAAGUGGGAUUAAAAAACUUUUA